AUGGAUUCAACUGAGAAUGUUCCCCAGUGUGCUGUAAAAAAUGUAUUUACUUCAUUUAGUCCAAAACCAAGUAGUUCUACCCUAGCAGCAAAUUUAGAUGAAAAAUUUGCGUAUUUGUUUGCUACUUUUGUUUUACCCCUUAUAUAUUUUUUUUUAAAUUAUAUAUUCUCGAGGUCAAAUAGGUGCGCAAUCGAAUGGGUAAAACGAAAACAGGAAAAUGAUGAAAGUGAGGAGGAUAGCGACGAAUAUUAUGACACAAGUGAAGGCGAAGAAAACCCGAAUGAAAAAGAAUUUGAGGGAAAAGAAAAACACUUAAAAGAAGAGGGUACAAAAAAUACAGGGAAACCAGUAAUAGAAGAAGGUAAAUGUAUAAAUAAGUCGGAUUUAACAGGAAUGCCAGAGGAUGAAGAUGAGUUAGAAGAAUGGAAAAGCAACAAAUGGAAGAAAUUUAUGAGUAAUCUUGAAGACGAAUGGCACCUUUUAAAUUUGUGGAUAGAGGGAGAAAAAAAAAAAUGGAUUGAGAGUAAGGACAAAGAAUUAGAAAAAUGGUUGAAAGAAAUAGAAAACAAUUUGAUGCAAUCAGAUACCAUAAAAAAAGAAUAUCAACAUGAGUUUUUGAACAAUUCUUUAGAAAAUAUUGAUGAAGGUCAAAUAAAAAAACAAUUAAAAAGUGAAAUAAAAAGCUAUAUAUAUAAAAACUGGAAAUAUUGGUUAGGAGAAAAUGAGUCUCAUUUACACACAUGGCUAAUAAAACAAUGGACACAAUGGAAAAAAAAACAAUUACAUAACUUUAAAAUGAAUGAAUGGAAAUAUGAAGAAGACAAAUACUGGAAUGAAUGGGAAAAAAACCAAACCAUGAAAUGGUUAUAUUUUAAUGAGAACAGAAAAUAUAAUAUAUGGAAAAAUCGAAUUGCUAACGAAAAAAAAGAAUGGGAUAAUUGGGUAAAAAUUAAGGAGGAAUCAGUUAUAUACAAUAAACAUAAAAAAUGGACUCAAUGGAUAAAACGAAAAAAACCUAUUAUUAUUAAAUGGAUUGAAUCAAUUGCCGAUAAAUGUGUAGAAGAUGAAAAAUGGAGAACAUUCAUUAAUGAAGAAUAUGAUGAAUUUACACAAGAUGAGUAUAUGGAAAUAAAAGAAAUACCAAAGAAAAAAAAUGUAAUAAACAAAUUUAAAAGUAAAAAAAAAGGUCUGAAUUCCAUUUUUGUAAAUUAUGAAAAUAAACUCCCUGCAAUAGAAGAAUAA